UCCGUUUCGCCUAUUUUCCCGACGACGACGACGACAACAACAACAACAACAACAACAACAGCUCCGUAAACACCAUUCGGCCUUUACGGAACCAAUUGAAAGCCAACCCGAAUCCUUUUUGGUUACGACUAUUACUCGCCAAGCAUCUCUCAGAGCCACAAGCACUCUUUACUUUAGUCGUCAAACAUCCGCGACGAUCUCCCGUCCGGCCUGUCGCGGAAUUCCUUCGGGACGAUCAUCUGUGACCUCUCGGAAAGAUAGUCAUGAACUGGAUUCUUUUUUGAUCAACAACUUCAAACCGAGCCUUCCAAGCUGGUGGCCACGAUUUACACGGCGACAAACUGAACCAUCGGCAAAGGAACGCCUACAGGUAGAGGACGAGUGAUGGGUCAAAUAUCGAGAGCAGCACUCUCGUCAGUGCUGUACUCGGCCGUGGUCUCGGCGCAGUCAGGCUGUAUAUCUCUGCAGGGAUCGACGACAUGUUCUGCUUUCCAAUCAGCAUCUGUUUCGACCACAGGUUUUGUGGCGGGGAUUUUCCCCUUCCUUCAGUAUGUGUCCAGCAGGGAAACAUUUGAUCAGCAGAUGUCGUCUUAUCUUGAGACAACAUACGUGCGGGAGAAGUAUCAAACAUUACUUGGCUGUAGCAAUGUCAAUCUCACCAACCCGGACGAGCUAUACGCACGCUUCACAGCUACAGUUGUCUGCAACUCAAUUGUGCAGAAUUCGAUCGACGCAUGCAACUUGACUGCAUCGAAUUCACGACCCGUGUGCGCCGACACUUGUGCCGAAUUCGCACAGAGCGAGGCCCUGCUCACCUCAGACAGCAGUCUAUGUGGCAAUCCGGGCAGCAAUCUCAUGAAUCAAAUCCGAGCAGACUUCACCAACUGCGCACUGCCUGCCGGUUCCCUGUCAUCAUCCAACUGCAUUCAAGGCGUUGCCAAUGAAAAGGAGAACUGCGGAUACGGCAACAGCACCGUGGGAUUGUGCUCCUACUGCGCAUCUGGUGGUAUUAACUCUACUGACACAUGCUGCUACAACUCGAACAUCGACCAGCGUUGCGCCGGAGUUACGCUUCCCUCCAUUUUCCCUACCAUGACCUUCGCACCCCCAACGGCGACGGCGACCCCGACCCCGUCAAAUACGGCAGCUGCAUCCAAAGGGCUAUCCGGUGGUGCCAUUGCCGGUAUCGUUAUCGGCAGCGUGGUCGGCGCCCUGUUGAUUGCCGGACUUAUCUUCGCAUGCAUCUUGCUCGCCAGAAGAAGACGACGCGGAAGCCAGAAGGGCAGUGUGUUCAACCAACCGUCACCCUCUAGGCAAGGACCGUCUACGGUUAAGAUAGCACCGGCCCAGACCACGAGCGGUUACGAAGUUUUGCCCGGUGGCCGAAUCGCCCGAAUGUCAGCUUUGGAGAGCGCAUCAGACCCGGCUCCCGUUCCGCCCAGUCGCAACAGCGGCCCCCUCAUGGCAGCCGCCGCUGGAGGCGCAGCAGGAUAUAUGACGGGUAGGAGGAGAGGUGAUGACCCGUCCUCGUCCGAAUUUGGAGACAGUCCCGAGUCGGAACCCAGAGCUGGUGUUCUACGACCCCCUCCCACUAACAUCCGGAGGACGGGCUCUCUAUCCAGUAGCUCAGUUCUCGCCGAUCCGCAAUCGCCAACGAGUGCCGGAAUGUCGUCUCCGCAAGGCAUGGCCAGCCAGCAAUCUGAGCAGCUGCCGUUCUUCAAGGAUUACUACUCUCAAGACGAUAUCCACCCUGGUGAUAGAGUCGCUACACUCUGGGCCUACCAACCCCGCGCCCCCGAUGAAUUUACUCUCGAGCGCGGCGACAUGCUCAAGAUUGUGGGUAUCUGGGAUGACGGCUGGGCAACGGGUAUUCUGAUGGAUGAGCGGGCCGACGAAUGGGAAGCUCGACGACAGGCCCAACGAGACAGCGGUGUAUCCAACACCUCUGGGCGACACCAAGACAACUCGCCGCCCGUUAGCGGCGAGAUCAAGGCCUUCCCCCUCGUUUGCGUCUGUUUGCCAGAACACUGGAGGAAAACAAUUGAGGGAGAUGUCUCGACCGAAGGUUCCAGCGCUCACCAAGGACACUCAUCUUUUUCAUGAAAAAGCAAAACCAACUUAUUGAGUUUUGCAUACACCUAAACGAAAAUAGUUGUCUUUCCAGCAUGGGCUUACGGCGUUGAGGCAUCGAGCUAGCAUUGACUUUGGCCUCACAGAGAG